AUGGUCAACCCUGAGCUGCGCCGUCAGGUCAUCACCGUGUACAAAGAACUUCUCUUUAUGGGGCGGGAAUACCCCCUCGGAUAUCAGUAUUUCAGGGACCGACUCCACCGCGCGUUUGCCGGCCAGGCUCAUCUCCGCGACGAGGAGCAGAUCCGAAAAGGAAUCGCGAGGGCUGAGUUUGUGAAGAAAGAAGUCGAAGCUCUGUAA